GCCCUACCUCCCUACAGUCAGGAGCGCCCAACUUUCCUGAGGAGCACACACGCUGCGUGCCUGGACCUCUGAGCGCCACAGGGACUUUGUUUCCAACUGUUUCUUUUUUUCCCACGAGAUGUUGAUUGUUGUUGUGCGGCGACAAUAACCUGCUCGUGUCGCGGUCUCGUAUAAGACUGAAGAAGAGAAACAUUUUUUAUUUUAUUUUGAACUGUCAUUUUCUUAUUGUACACUGACAACUCCGGGGCCAAUAACCACGCAGUGCGCACAGGUACAGACUGCCCUCCUGAUCGGGGACUGUGUGGACGCUGCGCCGGGAUUUUCUAUUGUUAUUAUUGAUUUCAACUUGGAGACGAAAGUGAGCGAUCUGUUGGAAUUGUUUUGUUCAAUGACUUGCAAGGUUGGAUCUGAAGUUAUAUUCGGAAAGCUGUAACAAUACGAUUUUUAUUUAAAAACACUCUUCGUGUGCUACUGGAGGUUGGUCGACCAUGCUGCUGGACGGUCUUUGGACGGUCCACGCCCUCCUGGCACUGUCCAGCUUCGUUCUCGGAAACCCAGCGAUCAAUGACCCAUUGGCUGCCCCCCGAGUCUUCAUCUCCUUCAAAGAGCUGAGAUCCACUGGUACUGCUCAUCACUUCGCCUACCUCCUCAACACAUCCGACUACCGGAUCCUGCGUAUGGAUGAGGACCAUGACCGCAUGUACAUUGGAAGCAAGGAUCACAUCCUGUCCCUGGACCUCCAUGACAUCAACAAGGACCCACAUAUUAUCCACUGGCCAGUGUCCGAACGAAGAAGGAUGGAGUGCCUCGUGAGUGGGAAGGAUGCCAAUGAGGAGUGUGCAAACUUCAUCCGUCUGAUCGAGCCAUGGAACCGGACCCAGCUGUACGUCUGUGGGACAGGAGCUUACAAUCCAGUCUGUACCUUUGUCAACCGUGGCCGCAAACCUCAGACGUCCAUGUAUCUGCAGAUGGCCCAGGCCAGAGGAAGGGCUAGCCGCGCAGCUGAACCCAGCGCGGUGCACGAGACACUUGGAUUAAAGGAAGAAAUCUUCCAUUUGGAGCCGGGGAAAGUGGAAUCUGGGAAGGGAAAGUGCUCCUACGACCCAAAGCUCAACAGCGUGUCAGCUUUGAUCAAUGGUGAACUGUAUGCUGGGGUCUAUGUUGACUUUAUGGGAACAGACUCUGCCAUUUUCCGUACUUUGGGGACAAAGACUGCCAUGCGAACAGAUCAGUACAACUCCAGAUGGUUAAAUGACCCCAGUUUCAUCCAUGUACACCUCAUCCCAGACAGCGCUGAGAGAAAUGACGACAAGCUGUAUUUCUUCUUCCGGGAGAAGUCUUCCGAGAUGGGCCAGAGUCCUGUGACCCAGUCCCGUAUAGGACGCAUCUGUCUGAAUGACGAUGGAGGCCACUGCUGUCUGGUCAAUAAGUGGAGCACCUUCCUGAAGGCCAGGCUCAUCUGCUCGGUGCCGGGUGCCGACGGCAUGGAGACACACUUUGAUGAGCUCCGAGAUGUUUACAUACAGCCAACACAGGACACAAAAAACCCUGUGAUAUAUGGAGUCUUCUCUGUCUCUGGCUCUGUCUUCAAAGGCUCAGCAGUUUGUGUCUACUCCAUGGCCGACAUCCGCAUGGUCUUCAACGGACCCUUUGCCCACAAGGAGGGUCCCAAUUACCAGUGGGUGGCCUACACUGGGAAGAUCCCCUACCCUCGACCCGGCACAUGCCCUGGAGGUACGUUCACCCCCAACAUGAAGUCCACAAAGGACUAUCCAGAUGAAGUGAUUAACUUUAUGAGGAAUCACCCUGCCAUGUACAAUGCCGUGUACCCGGUACAUAAGCGCCCCCUGGUGGUUCGGACCAACGUGGACUAUGAGUUCACCACCAUCACUGUGGACCAGGUGACAGCUGCAGAUGGCAACUAUGAAGUGCUCUUCUUAGGAACUGACAAGGGAACAGUUCAGAAAGUAAUUGUUCUGCCCAGAGAUGACCUGCAGACUGAGGAGCUGGUCCUGGAGGAGGUAGAGGUUUUCAAGGUCCCUACUCCAAUUACAACAAUGAAGAUCUCAUCCAAAAGACAACAGCUGUAUGUGUCAUCUGUGGUAGGGCUGACACAGCUGGCUCUUCACCGAUGUGACGUGUACGGCGAGGCCUGUGCUGACUGCUGUCUGGCCAGAGACCCUUACUGUGCAUGGGAUGGCAAGUCCUGCUCCCGUUACUCGGCCUCGCAGAAGAGGUCUGACCCCUUUAGACGUAGCCGGCGGCAGGACGUUAAGUACGGGAACCCCAUCCGCCAAUGCCGAGGAUUCAACUCCAAUGGUAAGACCAAUAAGAACACUCUGGAGAUGGUGCAGUACGGGGUGGAGGGAAGCAGUACCUUCCUGGAGUGUCAGGCCCGCUCUCCACAUGCUGUCAUCAAAUGGCAUCUGCAGAGAGAUAACAGCGACCGCAGGAAAGAGAUGCGUUCUGAUGGUCGGAUUUUGAAGACAGAACAAGGUCUACUCCUGCGCUCUCUGCAGCCGUCUGACUCCGGCAUGUACCAGUGUACGGCCACGGAGAAGAACUUCAAACACUCGCUGGUCAAGCUGCAGUUGGUGGUGCUGUCGGGCCGGGCCGUCAACAACGUGCUGGUGGAGGGCGGAGGAGGGCUGUUGCCGUCUUCUCUCCACUCCAGCACCCAGUGGACCCCCAGCGCAGGCCAGUACAAGGACCUGUUGACCAUCCUGAGCCAGCCAGAGAUGACCCUCAUUAAUCAGUACUGCCAGGACUACUGGCAGUUCGGAGACCCGCUGCUGGGCGCCCUCAAGGCCAAAGACCUGAAGGAGCUAAAAGAGCAGAAGAAACCCCGCAACCGCCGGCAUCACGGGGAGGAGGAGGAGGAGGAGGAGAAAGAGGAGCGGGAGGAAGUAGAGACAUGAGGAGCCCGGCUUUGUGUCUAAAACACCCUCAACCACCCUUCCCCACCAACCCUGUGAAAACUGGGAGAGACUCAUUGAGAGUAGCAACGUGAAAAAAAAUCCACAAACCGAAAAAAAGCAAACUGAGAAAAAAGAGGCUUACAAACAAAAUCCUACACACAUCCUCUCAAACAGUAAGAUAUAUGAUACACAGUAUUUAUUGUAGGUUGUAUAUAGUAUCAUUCUGUGGAUUUCUUUGUACUUAUAGAAAAAAACAUGCUCUUUGUGUAUAGGUACAUUUGGGGCAAAUAUUAUUGUUAUUAUUGAUGUUGUUAAUUUUAUUGUUGCUGUUACUGUCAUUACAAAACUCAUCUGUCAGCAUCAUAUGACCUUGGCGACUGUUUGGAAUGUGUUAUCAGGCAUGCAAGCUGUUAGGAGCGAGCGAGCGAGUGAGCGAGCUCCGAGAAGCUCUAUAAACGGGGAAAUGAGAUGUUGAUAAGGGGUGAUGGGAUCUCUGUUGUUUCGUGCUUGCUUUGACUCGAUGCCAGGACUCUUUUAUUUCUGGACACUCCAGGAACGCCUGUGAUGCAACCUCCUCGCGGCUGCAUGCAGGCAGAGACUUAAUACUGCAAGGGGACCAUCGACACAUGGUCCCAGUUAUUGUGGGGAAACGAUCCUUUCUCCAUGGGAAUCCAGAUGUUCAGAAGACUCUUCAAAUAUUUUCACUGGUGUAAUUGGGCCUUUUAAUAGGAACCUUUUCUUCUAUUUCCUUCCUGAUUGGAGGAUUGAUUGUAAAAUUAUGCAGUGUCUUUGCUACUUCUCAACACAGAUGAUAAUUAUGAGUAUUGAAAUCUUAAUUGUACUCGCAAGUAAUCUGCAGCUUCUUCUGGCCAUGAACUCAAGUUAAAAAAAAUAAUACAUUUAUGAAAGAGACAGAUUAGUUUUUAUGAAAUCUAUUAGGAAAUAUAAUGGUUGGGUUAUUUUCAAACACAAACAUCCUUUGAACCACGAUUAAGGUGCAAUAAAGGGUCAAGGUUCUGCACAAAGGGCAUUAUUCUUUUACUUUCAAGGGACAUUGGCUGGGGCCAAAUGCAUCAUGUACACUCGGGCAAGUUACAGUUGACUUCUGUCAAAAAGAAAAACACAAAUCCAAUUAAAGAUGAAAGAGGUGCCCAGAUCAGGCAGCAGUUGUUAGCUCUGAGCACAUGAGACAUCCUUUUUCUUUCCUCCUUUGACAUUCAUA